AUGCCUGAGUCAGGUAUCAUCAGAAGGUUGACGAAACCAAAGGUUGCCGUACCACUGUGCGCUUCUGUUGCUUUAAUCGUGGUCGCCAUUCUAUUCGGUGUAUAUUGCAUAAGGAAUCCAACGUUUGCGUCUGACAUGCUCUCAACAAUGUCAUCCACACCGUCCAACGAUGCAGCUGCUGUUCCAGGCGAUCUCUCGCAGUCGUCUAACAUUUCUCGAGAUGGCCAUUCAACAGCUGUCAUUGUUACAUCAAAAAAUUCAACAGUAAACGGAAGUAUAGCAACCGCUAAAAGCGUCGCAUCAGACAACAGAUCUGGACCUGUCUAA